UUGUCUUUUGUAAGGUUGAACAUGUGGUUGUUAUUUAAUGUCUAUUUNAUGGUUCUUUAUCACUUAAGCUGUUGUAGGUGAAGUANUUAUUGUGUGUCAUAAAGUGUAACUUUUCUAUGCCUACACGUGUUAGUGACGUGUCAUAUAUACAAUUAAGUUCUCAUACUGUAUGCAUGUGAAGUCUGACACUGAGUUUUAUAUAGGGUUAUAAAUAGUUGAUAAGUGAAGAGUAUGGAAAACUGUCAUGUUGAGGUGGUGUUUCACCAUGGGGNGAAGUUUCUGAAUGAUGGAUCAUUCGGAUACCNUGGAGGGGAAACAAGUAACUUGAUGAUANANAUAGACAGAUGGAGUUAUUUUGAAAUGUUGUCCAUACUUAAGGAGAUGGGUUAUAGAAAUGUUAAGGAAUUGUGGUAUUCCUUGGGUGGUCGUGUUUUAGAGGAUAGGAUUGAAUUGAUAACUGAUGACAAGGGAGCAAUGCAUGUGGUGAACAUUGCAUUAUUGAAUGGUAAAGCUCAUGUGUUUGUGGUUCACAAGGUGUCUGACCCUGUUUAUCUGCUGGAAUUGGAAUAUAAUGUUGGUCAAGGUGGUGAGGAUGGUAAUGUUGGUGAAGGUGAAGGUCAAGUUAUAGAAGAGGGUGAAGGUAAUGUUGUAGAAGAGGAUGAAGGGGAUGAUGUUGAACAUGUUGCUAUUGAAGGGGAUGUGCAGGUUGCUGAAGGUGGAGAUGAUGUUGAACAUGUUCAUGUUGAAGAGGAUGUGCAGGCUGCUGUAGUUCAUGAUGAGGUAGGUGGUGUUGAAGAAGUAGUCCAUGAUGAGGGAGCUGGUGCUGAAGAAGAUGUCCAUGAUGAUGUAGGUGGGGGUGAACAAAAUGUGCAAGAGGAGGUUGAAGUGAGUAGUUGGAUAGGGUCUGAUGAAGAAGGGUCUGAUGAUUUGGUAGAUGUUGAUGUCCAUGCAGCUGAACAACUUGAAGUCGAAGACCUGGAAGGUAGUCUUUUCUUUGAAAUGGGAACANGAAGUGGAAGUACCUCAAAGGUCCAUAAACAGGCUAGGGGGUUAUCGGAUACUGAGUNGGAAUCUGAUAGUUGUGGAAGUAUUUAUGCAAGUGAUGAUUCAGAUGAAGAAACACCCCGAAAUGGUAGUUUUGGGAUCUUCUCAGAGCCUGUAAAUAUGAAAGAAUAUAAGUGGGAGUUGGGAACAUACUUCCCUGAUAAAAUAGAUUUCAUUGAUGCUGUUAGAACUUAUGGAAUACAUAAUGGUAGGAAGUUGAAGAUUUUUAAAAACGAUAAGAGAAGAAUAUGUGUUAAGUGUUGUGGAUCACAAGGCAAAUGUCCAUGGUACGCAUACUGUGCCUAUAGGAGUACCCAAAGUACAUGGCAACUCAGGAAGAUCAUAGAUAGACAUACAUUAGGACUAGCCUUGGUUGAAGAGGUUGGCAUUAAUUUUUUCACGGGUCUGUUUAAUAGGCACAGUCACUGCUAA